AUGUCGUCCGUGAAGGUGGCGGUCCGAGUGCGACCCUUCAACUCCCGGGAGAUUGCCCGGGAGUCAAAAUGUAUCAUCGAGAUGAGCGGAAACACGACCUGCAUCACAAACCCGAACCUGAGGGAGCGGGCCGGUUCGAGCGAACAGGUGAAACGCUUCAACUUCAACUUUGACUAUUCCUACUGGUCGCACGAUCCUCGUGAUCCCGAGUUCUCCACACAGGCCAUGGUGUACGCCGACAUAGGGGAGGAGAUGCUGCAGCACUCGUUCGACGGGUACAACGUGUGCAUCUUCGCCUACGGGCAGACGGGUGCCGGCAAGUCCUACACCAUGAUGGGCAAGCAGGAGGAAGGCCAGGAGGGCGUGAUACCGAUGAUCUGCAAGGAUCUGUUCCGCCGGAUACAGGAGACCGAGGCCGAGGAUCUGAAGUACUCGGUCGAGGUGUCGUACAUGGAGAUCUACUGCGAGCGCGUCCGGGAUCUGCUGAACCCAAAGAACAAGGGCAACCUGAAGGUGCGCGAGCAUCCGCUGCUCGGUCCGUACGUCGAAGACCUUUCGAAGCUGGCCGUCACCUCCUACCAGGACAUCCACGAUUUGAUCGACGAAGGCAACAAAGCACGAACCGUGGCGGCGACGAACAUGAACGAAACGAGCUCGAGAUCGCACGCUGUGUUUACGAUUUUCUUCACCCAAAAGCGCCAGGACCGCAUGACCAGCCUCGAGACGGAGAAGGUUUCGAAAAUUAGUCUAGUCGAUUUGGCCGGCUCCGAGCGGGCCGACUCCACCGGCGCCAAGGGCACCCGGCUCAAGGAGGGCGCCAACAUCAACAAGAGUCUCACCACGCUCGGCAAGGUCAUCUCGGCGUUGGCGGAAAUUGCGUCGAAGAACAAAAAGUCAAAGAAGGCCGAUUUCAUUCCCUACCGCGACUCGGUCCUCACCUGGCUGCUGCGGGAAAAUCUUGGUGGAAACUCGAAAACGGCUAUGAUAGCCGCGAUAUCGCCGGCCGAUAUUAACUACGAUGAAACGUUGAGCACCCUAAGAUAUGCUGAUCGUGCGAAGCAGAUCGUCUGCAAGGCCAUCGUCAACGAGGAUGCGAACGCGAAACUCAUCCGCGAGCUCAAGGAGGAAAUUCAGAAGCUGCGCGAGCUACUCAAGGCCGAAGGCAUCGAGGUGCAGGAAGGUAGGAUCGAUUGGUUCACGCGUAAAACUAUCAUUCACUCGCCGAACCGCAACCGCAAGCGCACCGGGUCGAGCACGGAGAUGGCCGUCGACCAGCUGCAGGCGAGCGAGAAGCUAAUUGCCGAGCUGAACGAAACCUGGGAGGAGAAGCUGAAGCGUACCGAGCAGAUUCGCGUGCAGCGUGAGGCCGUCUUCGCCGAGAUGGGUGUGGCGGUCAAGGAGGAUGGCAUCACGGUGGGUGUAUUCUCGCCGAAGAAAUCACCCCAUCUGGUGAACCUGAACGAAGACCCCACCCUGUCCGAGUGUUUGCUGUACUACAUUAAGGACGGACUAACACGACUCGGCACAUCGGAGGCAAACGUGCCGCAAGACAUUCAACUGUCCGGCUCGCACAUCCUGAAGGAGCACUGUGUGUUUGAAAACAAGGACGGCGUGGUCACACUGGUACCGCACAAGGAUGCGCUGGUCUACGUCAACGGACGUAAGGUGAUCGAUCCGGAGGUGCUACAAACGGGCUCGCGUGUCAUCCUGGGGCGCAACCAUGUGUUCCGGUUCACACAUCCGGAGCAGGCACGCGAAAAGCGCGAGAAAAACAAGGAGGUCGAUGUGGCCGAAACGGUCGGAAACAGUGGCGAGAUCGCCGAUUGGAACUUUGCCCAGUGCGAGCUGCUUGAGAAGCAGGGCAUUGAUCUGAAGGCGGAGAUGGAGAAACGGCUGCAGUCGCUGGAGGAGCAGUACAAGCGCGAGAAGCGUGCGGCUGACCAGGAAUUUGAGGAGCAGCGCAAGACAUACCAAAAGAAAAUUGAUGAACUGCAAAAGCAAGUCGAUGAGCACACGAUGACUAUGUCGAUGUACAGCAGUUACAGUCCGGAAGAUUUCCAUCAGGAAGAGGACAUUUUUGUCAAUCCACUGUUUGAGUCGUGCUGGACGGCACGUGAAGCCGGUUUGGCUGCCUGGGCCUUCCGCAAGUGGCGCUACCAUCAGUUCACAUCGCUUCGUGACGAUCUGUGGGGUAAUGCCAUCUUCCUUAAGGAAGCCAACGCUAUUUCGGUUGAAUUGAAGAAGAAGGUUCAAUUUCAAUUCACUCUUCUGACGGAUACGCUGUACUCACCGCUUCCGCCGGAGCUUACCCCAGCACCAGCCGUCGGGGCCCUCACCCAAGGGGGAGGUCAGGAGGACGACUUUGGCCAGACGCCGAUUCCAAGAACCAUCGUCGCGGUUGAAGUCACCGAUACGAAGAACGGUGCAACCCACUACUGGAGCCUGGAGAAGCUACGACAACGACUCGAGUUGAUGCGUGAAAUGUACCACAACGAGGCCGAGCUUAGUCCAACAUCACCGGACUACAACGUUGAAAGCUUGACCGGCGGUGAUCCCUUCUACGAUCGCUUCCCCUGGUUCCGUAUGGUCGGAAGAUCGUUCGUCUACCUGAGCAACUUACUCUAUCCGGUACCGCUCGUGCACAAGGUGGCCAUCGUAAACGAGCGCGGUGACGUGCGUGGCUAUCUGCGCGUGGCCGUCCAGCCAGUGAUGGACGAAGAGAAUGCCGACUUCAGCAACGGUGUAAAGCAAUCGGCGCGCAUCCUAUUCGACGAGGAGCAGAACGGGCAGCACAAGGUACCGAAGAUACGCACCAUCCCGGACAAGGAAGAUAAGUACAUCGAGGGAGGGCACGAGAUGGGCACGACGAAGCUGGAGGAAUUGGAACACGAAGACGCCGACUCGGGCCGUGGUGACUCGAGCGUCGCGUCGGAGCUGCACGAAGCGAACGACCAGGAACCGGGCGAGCAUCUGCAGCCGGGCAAGGAGUUUACGUUCCGUGUUACCGUUCUGCAGGCCACAGGAAUUGCUGCCGAGUAUGCCGAUAUAUUCUGCCAGUUCAACUUUUUGCACCGACAUGAAGAAGCGUUCUCUACGGAGCCUGUAAAGAACUCUGGCUCGGGAGCUCCACUUGGAUUCUAUCACGUACAAAAUAUUACUGUACCGGUGACCAAAUCCUUCAUCGAAUACCUUAAGACACAGCCGAUCGUGUUCAAGGUGUUCGGGCACUAUCAGCACCACCCGUUGCACAAGGACGCCAAGCAGGAUUGCCAGAUUACGAGGCCUCCGCCGCGGCGCAUGCUGCCACCGAGCAUCCCGAUCAGUCAGCCGGUGCGCAGCCCGAAGUUUGGCCCGCUGCCGUGCCCACCGUCGUCGACCGUUCUGGCCAAGCACGACGUACUCGUGUGGUUCGAAAUCUGUGAGCUAGCACCGAACGGCGAGUACGUGCCGGCCGUCGUUGACCACAGCGACGAUCUACCCUGCCGCGGACUGUUCCUUCUGCACCAGGGUAUCCAGCGGCGCAUUCGCAUCACGAUCGUACACGAGCCGACGCCGGAGGUGAAGUGGAAGGACAUCCGCGAGCUGGUGGUCGGGCGCAUCCGCAACCAGCCGGAACCGGCCGACGACGAGGACUCGGACUCGUGCGUCCUCUCGCUCGGACUGUUCCCGGGCGAAGUGCUGGAGGUGCCCGGGGACGAUCGGUCGUUCUUCCGCUUCGAGGCCGCCUGGGACUCGAGUCUGCACAAUUCGGCGUUGCUCAAUCGCGUCACGCAAACGGGCGAACAGAUCUACAUCACGCUGAGCGCAUAUCUGGAGCUUGAGAACUGCGCUCGUCCGGCCAUCAUCACAAAGGAUCUCAGCAUGAUCAUCUACGGACGCGAUGCCCGCACCGGUCCGCGUUCGCUGAAGCACCUGUUCUCCGGCCAGUACCGCAAUCCGGAAGCGAACCGUCUGUCGGGCGUGUACGAGCUGUCGCUGAGAAGAGCUUCUGAAGCAGGUAGUCCAGGCGUUCAACGUCGACAGCGCCGGGUGCUGGACACGAGCUCAACGUACGUGCGUGGCGAAGAGAACCUGCACGGAUGGCGUCCGCGUGGCGACUCACUCAUCUUCGACCACCAGUGGGAGCUGGAGAAGCUGACGCGGCUGGAGGAGGUUGGCCGCGUCCGGCAUCUGCUGCUGCUACGCGAGCGACUCGGCAUGGACACCACGCCCAACCCGACCACAAAGACCGAGAAGGAUGUGUGCAAUCUGGCCCAGCGUGCAAGCGCCUCACCGGUCCACAUGGUCAUACCGCCAUCUCCGCAGACGCCGGUUAAGGAUCAACAGGCACCGGCCAUUUCCGAGCGCGAUCUUUCGGUGCGCGAAUCCGAGCUGGUGUGGAAGUGCGUGAAGCUCAUCCAGGGUCGCAUCGGUGGUAAGGAGUUGGGUGGCGAUGCGAACAGUACCAGCGGCUCGACGGGGCAAGCGUCGGACGCAUCGCCCGGCGACGAAGGUUGCGCCGAUAUGAACGCGAGCUACAUCUCCAGCAACUCGAUCGAGCUGUGCUCGCCGGAGCGGGUGGAUGUACCGAAUGGCUGGGAGGCGCCGGCACCGGCUCCGCAAACACAGGAACUAUCGCUUCGGCUGUACGUGCCGGAGCUGGAAGAGAUCCGUGUCAGUCCGGUGGUCGCCCGCAAGGGUUACCUGAACGUACUCGAGCAUGGCGGCUCGGGCUGGAAGAAGCGAUGGGUUACCGUACGGAGGCCGUAUGUGUUUAUCUUCCGCUCGGAUAAGGACCCGGUCGAGCGGGCCGUGCUGAACCUGGCCACCGCCCAGGUCGAAUGCAGCGAGGAUCAGGCAGCGAUGGUGAAGGUUCCAAACACAUUCAGCGUCGUCACCAAACACCGAGGAUAUCUCUUGCAAACGUUGGGUGAUAAGGAAGUGCACGAUUGGCUGUACGCCAUCAACCCGCUGCUGGCAGGCCAGAUCAGAUCACGGCUGGCAAGGAAAAAUCUCUCCAGCGUAAGCAGCAACGGCAGUGGUGCUGGGGGGGAGCAGCAACAGCAGCUGGCGACGACAGGAUCGUCCGCCCUGGCCGUGGCUGCCGCGCAGGGCAACGGCAGCAGUAGCUCCGGUGGCAAAUGAGAUACAAUAACGAUGGAGUCCGUGCUGGUGUACUAAACCUGGUACCCUGCAGUGACCGACUCCACGCGCAACACCGGGCAGUGGUUAUAACUACCACCGCCACCACCACCACCACCACCACCAACCCUACCCCUACCACCAUCAACCAACUCUCCAACCAGCAUAACCGUGGGUGGCGUGUGUUGCAAUCGUCACCACCGGAACGACAAAAUCAAACCAAAUUAUCUUAAAGUAGUACUCGUUGUCGUUAUCGUCCUUUACUCUCCACUUAGUUGCGUCGAUAGACUUUCCGUUCGGAGGCGGAAACAAAAAGUCAACCUUUGAGCAACUCGACGCCAGCAGGUAAAGUCAGGAAAGGAAAGAAUGGAAACAAAUCUAUCGAAUCUAUGCAAAACAAAACAGAUCCUUCUAAAAUAUCAAUCUUGAAUGGCCGCAAUGAAAAUGUAUUGUUUUGGAACCGUUCGAGAAAAGGCUUCGUGAGGCAAGUUGCAAUUGGAUUGUACUGUAUACACGCAAGACGGAAUGCGAUUGUUUGCGCUACAGAUACAUUGUUAGUCUUUCUGUUAUAUAGUUUUUCUUUAGUGCAAGUUUAUAGUUUAACGUGUUCUCUAAGAGGCUGAAUAUUUUUUAAACAAAACCGACACUGCUUCAUGCUAAUUGUAAGAUAGCGAGUUUUGUAUAUAAGUACCUCCAUAGAUUAUUACCCUUAGCAUUAGUCCGGGGCAGAGUCCGGUCCAUUUUCGGUUGCUAAAAUUAUUUAUUUAGUACAACGCGUGCCUAGCGAUCGAAAUAAUUCGAUCAAUCAGGAAAGCAACAACCCGGAGCAUAAAGACAUCUGAGGAGGGAAACUAUUCGAUGCAGGGUAAACAUAGCCUUGGUUUUUUGGUUUCUCCUUUCUUUGGUUUCGACCCUCAAUUCAAACUCCUAAAACCCCAUGAGAGACUGUAACUAGGUAACACUGGACAAGCGGAUGGGACAAGCACUGCAGCGAAGCUGCCCUUUAAAGGUUACUCCCAGGUUAGUCCGCAUAUAAAGAUAAAGAGAGAGACCACUAGGUAGGAUCGUUCCAGGAAAAAGGGUCAUAUUGCUUUUUAACUAUAGGAUAUAUCUGUUGUACUGUGCUUUUUUGCGACACUUUUGUGGCGUUGUUAGCGGUUUUCCUUCUUGCUAGUUCGCUUGUGUGAUUUUUGCCAAUCAAGCAAACCCGGGAAAAGGGAAGCAAAACGCGUUAAAAGAGGAGGCAACGGGAUGGAAAGCAAAAGGUGCGCGAAACGGAUGGUAGAGAAAACUAAACCCCUUAUGGAUCGGCGAGCAUCCUUUCCGAACAGAUGGAUAUUAAUCAGUAGGAUAUUUAAUGUUUCGUUCACUUUUAGUGGAACAAGCGCAGCGAAAUGUGGAAAAAAAAUGCAACCUACAUUGAGGACGGAGGCAGAUUAGCGUUACAUUAAGUGACCAAACAGGUAAAGGAUAAAACAAAAGAAGAUAGCCGACAAAUGUGGAUGAAACGGAGCAUUGGAAUUUUGCUGAACCAAACCUGACAUUGGAAUCUCACUGAAAGAUCGUCACUGAUGUGUGUGUGUCUGUCUGUGUGUACAUCUCUCUUCUCGUAAACAAGUUAUACAAAAGCAGGAAUUUAAACUAAGGACCGUGCGAGGAAAAUAAACUAUUUUGGGCGAUAAGGGAAAACAAAACCGUAACAUAAUACUUGAGAACUAAGAUGUUUAAAAUUCCCGUUCAGCAAAUGCAACCAUAGUCAGUCACCAAUAAAUAUCGAUAUAAAAACCACACACAGACGAAGAUAAACGAAUACACACACACACACGGUACUGACAAGAAAAAAACUGUCAGCUCAAAUGGUGCAAAAGGACAUUUAAAAAAACAAGCAAACUUGGAACGAAUAGUAUUAGAACGCUGAUGGUACAUCAGAGAUUUAUUCAGUAUGCAUCAACUGUUUUGGGCACAUGAGAAACCGCUAGUGACCGGCAUGGAUCGUGGGGGUAACACAAACACUUUUUCCCUUUGUGUGGAAAAUUGUAAAGGACACGCCGUGUCACAGGACAUUUCACAACCUACGCUCUUUGAUCAACGUUAUGCCACUUUGCAGAGGUGGUGUGGAUUGCUUGGAUUAUGAGCGCCUACUCUAACAUAAAAAAAAACACACGCAAGAACACACAACACUUGAAGCCCUGUAACGGUACUUUCAAGAUGGAGGCGGGAAGAAAAGAUAUCUAACCCACGAGAAACGAGGUUUUGUAUAGAACUAUGUAAAUAGCUACACACUUACAACACACACACACACGCUCGAUAGCAAAGGUAUGGACGGCAUUUGGAAACGUUUUUGCGUUGCGCGCUUUGAAGGCCUUAGAUUUCCUCAGCUUCCGCCCGUCCUUUCAAAUCUCGUCCUCCUGGAGGGACGUGGGAGGCGCACAUACGGGAGAAGGAGACCGGGAACUGUGGAAGCUCAAAGGAAUGGACGAAACUGGGUGUUUGUUUUUCGUUCCAAAAUCGUACCCUCUUCACACAGUGUACAUAUACUUGGUGUCGUUUCGUUUCGCAUGUGGAACAGCAGGUGAAAGUACCGCUACAGUGAGGUCCUGAACAAAACAGAACAGAAACACUGAAUAAAACUAAAACACACGCGCUCAUGGUCAUGCCCCCCCAAAGACGGUUCCGUAGGGCAGCUUACAAGGUGAGGUAACGUUAGGCUAACGUUGGCAAUAAGUGCGAUAUGAGUAAACAGAUACCAAAGAGAGCGAAGGUUUAAGCUUCAUAGUGGGAAAAGACGCCGUAUCGGGACACGGUCGGGUUUAUUUUUUGAUGAAAGUGCGGAGAUGUGAGAUUUUAUUCUGUAGCAUGCGCAAAGAUGUAUUUUUACUCGGUUUGAUUUUAAAUUGAACUAUGUUUUAUACACUCAAACCAUCGACGAGGUGUGCUAGCAUUAAGUGACGGUUCAAUGUCACUUUUAUUAUGCUAUGCAACCUAUUGUCAUGAAUUUUACCGUAAAGCGUUUUAAGAUUUCUGCGGGUUCUAAUUUUUACUUUACUUUAUUAUAAUACAUUCCGACCAGCACCGAUGCUGUGUUGAAACUCGUCGUGUCCUUUCGUUGACCGUAACCCGAUGAUGAGCUGAAGGACUACGCGGCAGACAAACAAAACAAAUAAAAUAUUAAAUGUAACUGUUUCUGGCCCAUUCCGCUUACCGCAAAACCGAUACAUAAAAUUAAUGUAUAGGAUAUAGUCGACAACGGCGUGGCAUGAGAUUGCGCGAGUUAAACGAGAGAAGAAAAAAAAACCCAAAACCGCAAACUCCCGCUGAAAGGUAAUAUAGCAAAAGAAUAUAAAAACAAAAAAACAAAACAAGUUUAAGCAAACAUGGCUCCCCUAUCUGCGCACCAUUGAAGGACCCAUUCCCUCUCCCCCCCCGCCCCAGGACCCAUUUUUCCCUUAUAACAAAAACAAAUACUCUCUAUAUAUUUAGCCAAAUGCCUAGUGAAAAAGAAGAACGCUUGCGUUUUCACGUUUUUUAUGUUCCGAGACUAGCGGACAGGACGGGCUCGGCCGGUUAGCUGCCGGACGGUUCGGGUUCGUGGUUGUUUCUUCAGCGCCUCCGCCAUAUACGAUACACACGUAUAUAUAAAUGUAUUCUGAAACUCUAUAAUCACAGCAUUGAACAAAAUAAAAGAGAAAUAAAAAUCACACAAAACCAAGCAUACACAAGUACAUGGUUAGCAAGUCCUGGCUGGAGCGUUUAACUUGACAAGCGGUGACAGGGAGAAGGCUCAAUCGAUUGAGAUGAAUGCAGUAGAAAAAUUGGAUGUAAACAAGAAAGAAAUCCAUGAUGUAUGAAGACACAAAGCAAAGCAAACAUGGUAAGGAACAAGGGAAAACCAACUGUCUUAAGCAAACAACAAACAAGGAACAAAUGCUGACCGGUAAGCAAAUGCAUGACAUAUAAAUAGGAGAAGAAGCUCGAAGCAAAACACAUGAAGCCAAACAGAACGGGAUGCUGUGUGGAUAAAAUGUCGCGGAGAGAAUUUCAAAAAUUAAACUAAACAAAUCUAUUAUCUCCUUACAAUAUAUGAAUAUACACAAAACAUAAAUAUUUAUAUAUGAAUGAAUAUAUAUAUUUAUUUGCAAGAGAAAAAACAUGUUAAGGAUAUCGGAAGGGACGGUGCAAUCAAACAAUGCAAAAAAAGGGAAGUACAAGAGUUCCAUCAGAACUCUUACUCUAUUCGUUACUUCUCAUGGGCAACAGGUUCUUGUGUGGGCUAUCAAAUGCUCGAUUCCAGCUCGAAUGUUUACUGUAAUGAGGCGAACGGAAAGGAAGGAACAUCCCAAUUUGCGCAAUGCAUGGGACGGGUUUGCCAAGACCAACACCUGUAGCAGAUAAAUGCCGUAGAUCGAGCAAUCAACGUAGCACAUUGUUGAGAGCAGGCAAUUCGGUGCAAGUAUUAGAAAAAUAAAACUUAAAGUAUUUGGUGCCGACCCAAACGGCGGGAUAAGUUUGAAUAAGUUUGCAACGGUAUGUUGGGAAGUGCUUUGUUGGCUAGGUUUGUGCUAAGUAUUUCGAAAAACAAAAGGCAACAUGGCGAUCAGAAGCGUAUUGAUGAACGGUGAAACUGGCAAGUUGUAGGACGAUAUGUGGCAAUAUGUCUCUAAGACGGCCUGGCACGCAAGGGACAACUAAAAACGGGAAAGCUUACGUAAGAUGCUGGAAACGCUAGACUGCAGAUUGUUGAAGGGUAGGAGACAAAAAAAAUGUAGGACGACAAAUGUUUGGUGGUUUACGUUGGCUGCAAUGGGAGAAAAAUGGAGAGUAAAGAAGAACAAAUAUGCAAAGACGAAUUAGCGAAGCGCAAUAAUAAGAACGCCUACGAUGAAGAUGUUUCCUAGGAACAUCGGGAUCUAAUGGACAAUGAACUGGCUAUUCAAACCAUGACACUACAACAUAUUCUACAUUAUGAAAACCUGCUUUGAAAGAAAAUUUAAGAAAACUGAACUACAAACAACUGAAAAUUACAAUAAAAAUAUAAUAAAAAUGUAAUAAAAAUCAAUCGGUGACGAGUUGUCGAAUG